CACAAAUGGCGACGAAGAGAGUUGCAAGCGGCUCCAUGCUGGAUGCGUGGCUAAAAAGGUCUAGAGGGAAAGUUAAUAAAAUGGAGGACGAUUUCAGUCAGUCCCUCACUCCACCUGUCUCUCCCUUCAUGGACGAGGAGCUCGGUGACUCCUCCCUCGCUCGGCCACCAUGCUUCUCGUGCGCUUUUGAAAAAGGAAGAGAAGUGCAAACUCUGUCGUCAGAUGGCUAUGUCAGCCGAGGCAUUCUAAAGAGGUUGUUGCUGAAGUUAGAUCCGGCUCCUACUGACUUCGAAGUCGACACAGUGGAUUUGUUCGGCUUCUCCUGGGUGACGGAGACGGCGUUGCUGGAGUCGACUCAGCUUCUGUUUGGCUUGUUCAGACAAAAAGUCUUCAAACUGGAAACUCUGGUUCAGUCUAGCUCACAUGAUUUUGGUCAAGCAAGUAGCCUUCAUUAUGAAGCAGAAGAGCUGAGGCAGCAGUGUGUGCUGUUUCUCACCUACAUUAAAGUCUUUAUUCACAGGUUUGUGGAGGCACCUCAUCCACUGGAAGAAUUUUCCCCAUUGUUCUCACAGAUGGAGACGCAGUUUCCGUCCACUUUAAUGGAGCAGCUGUUCAGCGUCACACUGCUCAUUGGACAACUUAAAGAUUUACCGGCAAAUAUCCAAAGUGCUUUCACCAUCCAUCACCAGGGAAAGCUUUUCCCUCCAUCAUGGCAUUUAUUGCACCUUCAUUUGGAUAUCCACUGGGCCAUGCUGGAGAUCCUGCACAUUUUGAGACAGAAAAUGAUGGGUCAAGUUGUGUACACACGUCAGUUCAUUGAUCUAACAGGAGAAACUCUGACCAAUGUCAGCCUGUUUGAAGAUCACCUAAACAAUCUGCUGUGUGACCUUAUUACUCUAGCAGUGAGCAAGUACAACAAGGUGAGACCGACCGAAGCAUUGAUGAGCCAUCAUUAUCAAUGUGUGUGCACUAAAGAGAUCUGGAUUCUCCUUAUCCACUUUCUGGAACACAGGAGCAAAACUCUACAUACACAGUCAUUUUGGGGCUAUGUGAAUGCACUGCUUGACUCCAUCCUGAAGGGGGAGCCAUCAGACGUUACAGCGCAUUGUAAAGAUGUGAUCGGCUUCACAUGGUGGCUGAUUACACACCUUGCACAGCUCGGAAUGUACAACCAUAAUGGAGUGCUUCAAAAUGACAAACAACAGUUGGAUGACAACUGGAGUUUUGUGUGUGAUCUGCUGAAAUCCAGCUGUGAUGUAAAGGCGGUGGUUCAGGAGGAGCAGAUAAGAAUGUACGUACACUGCUGUCUGACUCUCAGUAUGGUGUGGGUACCCAGCCUCAAUGCCAUCAAUACACUUUGGGAUUUUUUCAGCAAAAACCUGAAUGGAUCAUUCUCAGUACCCUGGUUAGGUGUGUCUGGAUUGGCCAGUGUUGGCUGCACCCCACUGGCUCUGUUGGAACAAGCGAAGAGCUGCUGUAGCCCCGCCCUGUUGAACUCCACUAACCACGCCCACCUCUAUCGUUCCACCAAUUCCUUCCUUAUCUUCCUAAGGAUGCUUGCACUGCACCUGAAGCAGGAGAGCGGUGUCCCCUGGAGGCAGAUCAAGGGCAGAAUCUACUCUAAGUUCCAUGAGCGUCGCAUGUCCGAGCUGUCCGAGAGUGGGUUACAUCACUUCCUGCUCCUCUUCCUGGUUCUGUCACUCUGCGCUGAUUUGGAGGAUGCCACAAGUCGUGCCUUUGAUCUUUUGGCUCUCCGGUUGCCUGCGGUGACAGCAGUGAUGUCAUGGCGGGGUCGUUUGGCUCUGCUGCUCGGGUUCGUGGAGCGAGGUGUGGACAUGGGCGGUGCUGCCACAAGGAUAUCCGCCUCCUUCAGCAGUGCUGCACGAGAGUUUUAUCUUAAGACAACACCUGUGCCUAGGAGGGCAGAGCUAUGGCGCUUAAUCUCUGCCUACUUGGAAGGUGUGGGCCAGGUGUGGCAGAGCAGCGCCAACUUGUGUCUGUCUGAGGAGAAGCUGAUUAAUGAAGGGUUCAGCCUGCUGCUACCUGCCUGUGGUGCUAAAGAACUUGGCACAGUGCUGGACUUCCUCCAGGUGACACUGACACAGUUACGGAGGGUGCAGCAAUGUUCUAAAUGUGCUAGUGCAGCUCUUCCUCUCAGUGUGAUUAAAGAGCGCCAUCUGGCGGUGGCUGUCACUCUGUGGACUCACUUCUUGCCGUUCCUGCGCACACUGAGAAUCUCACAGACUUCACCAGAAGAGCUAGCGCACGCCGCUGCAGGUUUCACUUUGUUAGCAUUGGAUUUGCCGAACUCUGCUCCUCAGGAUCUUCAGCCCCGCCCACUCCUGGCCAUGCUCCAAUGCUUUGGCUGGGAUGAGAUGCUUCGACCCCUACUGGUGACACGCUACCUCAACAGCCUGCUGCAAAAUGAAGAGUUAGUGCGUAAGAUGAGCUCUGCUGGUGAUUCAGCCCAAGCUCUGUGUGUGAGAGCGUGGAUCCGCUGUAUUGUACAACAGCAUCACCACAACAACGCUGACACACAUAGCAGCAGAACAGAUAGGACUUUAGAAGAGCAGUUAGCUGAGAUGACCACACUGGUCCUCAGAUUACCAGAAGUGGAGUCACUGCUUCAGAGAGCCGGACUGAACAUGAAUGCUGCUAUACAAGAACCUAAAGUUGCCUUGACUUUGUUUAUAAAGUGUGUAGGUCGUGUGUAUUGUGGGCUGCAGCAGCAGGUUGAGCGUGUGUCUCUGGUUUGUAAAGCGCUGGAGUAUUUAGGAGACAUCAUGAAGUUCAUCAAACCCAACCUUCUAAACAAAAGCACAGAGGGGCUGCACAUCACAUACUGGACGCUUGGGUGUGUGGUUAAACACUGGAGCCCUCUACUGGCCACAUCUAAAGCCCAGUCUCUUCUCCUGCGCAUCAUAGACGUCCUGCUGCUCCCUCAUUCCCUGCUGCAGGAUAAAGCUCCACCUCCUCAGCUGAUCUCAGCUAUUCGGGACACACUGCCACUUUACCUGCAGGGUCUCUCUGUAGCAGUGGGUGUGUCCCAAACACAGGUGUCAUACCUCAAGCAGCAGCUGCGUAAUGUUAUCAUUCAGUACCUGAGCCGCUUCCUCCCAGCCACGCCCACUGUUGGAGCUGUAGCCAAUCACCCUGUGCUGUUGGCUGGCUGUGAGGCUACACCCACACUACAAGGGGCUGCGUUGAGGAGCAUGAUCCUGCAGGCACUCCGGGAAAACUUCCUGCAGUUCAGAGGCCACGCCCCUCCUGCUCGAUUGGCAGCUGUCCUCAUGUUUCUAUUGGAGCUUCUGAAACGUAAUAAUGACACUGAUCCCGCCCUCCUCACUGUGCCCCUCGCAAAUGUGCUGCGCUGUGUGAUGCUUGUUAAUGAACCUCAAGUGAAGAAACUGAGUACAGAAAGUGUACAGCUCAUCAUGGAGAGAUGUUCCUCUGAAGCUAGAGAGGAACCAUGUGACCAGCUUAUCACUGCUCUCAGAACAUUUGUGGAGGAGAUUGAGGGUGUGUAUGAACUGCAGAUGUACAGCACCUUGGAGACUGUGGCGGUUCUCAAUCCCUUGGCUGUGACUGCUCUGAUUCCACUUCUCUCGCAGAGUUUACGAAACACAGAACAAAAGAGAGGAAUUGGAAAAAACACCUCUCUCAGAAAUGCCUACAGAACUCUUCUGGCUCUGUUGGGAGAUGCUGGUCAGGCUGAAAUGAUCCUGCUGGAAGAGGAUUAACCUGUUACCUUUUGUCCUUUGCUCGAAUUGUAAAUAUUGUACAUCAAGUUUACAUUGUACAUCUCAUGUUUUGUAAUCUGUGUCUUUUUCAAAAAUAUGGCUGUAAUAAUUAUUAGAAGCAUUUUUGGGGCAGAUCUACCCCCAAAAAUGGAUCUGUAAUUAUUACAGCUGAAGAAUUGCAAGGAUAACAUCUUUCUAGAGGCUUAAUAGAGACCAUGAAAAUUUGCAUUCCUGCCCCCACACUUUUAUACUCGCAUAAGUAUUCACCCCCUUGAACAUUUAAAUAAUAUUGGCUGGCGUUGAGUGGUACAUCAGAUAUAUUCCAUUCAGCUAGCAUGAUGUUGAAUGAGUUGAAGAUGAGUUCAAGAUCAUGCUAGCUAAAUGGAGUAUAUCUGAUAUACCACGGGGAAAAAAAGCCAGCGAUCGUUGUUGUUGUUGUACGUACACACUCUCUCUUUUCCAUUUUUUAUGUCCGUUGGUAUGUUUUUCUCUUGUAAAUAUGCAUGAAGAAUAUCUAAUGAAGUUUUGGUAGCUUUUCAAAGAUUUUUGUCAAGUCACUAUAUAUCCAGAACAUAUAGGAGAAUCGAAAUGCUGUUUCUCACUCACCUUACUUGUAAAAUCAGAUAAAAAUAUUUAUAUUAACAAUUUAUUUUCGGGUCUUCAAUGCGUCUUUUUCUUUCCUGGCAAACAAAAAACUGCUUCUGUACACGCGCAGCAGAAAACUCUCUCAUUGGAGCUGAUGCUGUAUGUGUAACGUGUUGUUUUGACAACCAUACAGUAUCACAAACCAUAUUCAGCGCUAAUCCUCCGUUGGGUAGAAUGAUGUAAUACACGUGGGAUAAGCAGUAUGCUAACAAUAUUGCAUGCUGUGAAACCCGCUAGAAGAGAAUAGAAUACGUUUUUAUUUCAUCAAAAAAGUGUCCUGUGUGUAAUAAUUCAAUGUAUUUUCUUUUUACAACCUUAAUUAUGUCUCAUGAUUCUACACAAAAAUAUCCCAUAAUAUUGAAGUGUGUAUUUAGACAAAUUUAAAAUAAAUAAAUAAACAGUGAUUGGAAAUUCACCCCUGUUGCUUUGAAACUCCUAAUCCAUUUCAGUUACAGGUUGUAAUACUACAAAAUGUGGAAAACUUCAGAGAGGGUGAAGAAUUACACAAGCCACCGUAUGUCUGACUUAUUUGUAUUUUAGAAUCCUGCAUGUUAUUAAAUAUAGUAUUUUUACUUAAA